ACGAGUCAGAGGUUCCACUGCAGCAGAUCGCCAUGGAGACUCUCCUCUACAAAUGGAUUCUAUUGGGUUCUCUCAUGAUUUGCCACGCUCACGUGACCUUUACGAACCUCAAGUGCGUGAUGGUAGAUAAAAGCUUUGGAGACAUCAAGUGCCACAUCAAGGCGGUGAAUCGCACCCACAAGUACAUCGAUCUCACUGCAAGACUCUUCAAAGGUCCAGCGGACAAUAUCUCAGUGAACCUAAAGCUAAUGCGCUACAAUCACGGCUACAAGCCGUUCUUCAUUGAGCUCAGCUACGAUGCCUGCAAGUUCUUGAAGAACCCCAAGAAUCCCUUCGUGACCUCCUUCUACAAUACAUUUAGGAAAAACUCCAACCUCAACCACACAUGUCCCUUUGAUCACGAUCUGAUUGUCGACAAAUUGUAUACCGGAAACCUGGAGAACAAUUUCAGCAAUUUCCCCUCGUUGAUGAAUGGCGAUUAUGCCUUCUUUACGGAAUGGUUUAUGAACAAAAUACAACGCUCUUACGUCAAUAUAUACUUCCGAUUAACAGGCUCAAAGGAAAAUUGAUCAAUCAGCGCAGUCCAUAUAUAACCCCAAUCAUAUAAUAGUCCCCUUUUCUGCGGCCAGCAAGCCUCAUUAAAGCG